CAUUCGGCCCCUCCCGAAAAUAGCCUUUCGUAUGCAUGUGCCCGGUCCCUCAAAGCGACUCAUGGGUCAAACUCACUAACUCUGGGAUAUCUGGCCCAGCCUGAAACGCGUUAAAACCGCCGUUGCACUUUAAUAACGUAGGCAGGUGCGGCAAAACAGAUCCGGGAAAGUAGAUAAGUGCUAGUAUCUGGACCCCUAGUUGGUAGGGAAAAGCAAGAGUUCUAUUCUACCCACAGCAACUGAAUCGACAUUCUCGUCUUCCAACUACAACACUCUCCACAUUUGAAGAUCCGGAACCAAUCUACCACAAUCAAAACGACCAUGGGCAGGCUAGACGGAAAAGUAGCUAUUGUCACCGGCGCCGGGCAAGGCAUGGGCGCAGCACACGCCCGCAGAAUGGCCUCUGAAGGCGCAAAAGUCAUCCUGACAGACAUCGACGCCGUCGGCGCCUCUCAGAUCGCCAAGGAAAUCGGGCAGAACGCACUUUUCAUCCAGCACGACGUCGCGUCCAUGAGCGACUGGACACGGGUGGUGGCCGAGGCUGAAAAGGCGUUUGGGCCGGUGACGGUACUCGUGAACAACGCGGGCAUACUGGGCCCAAUCAAGAACAUUAUCGAUUUGUCUGUGGAGGAGUACAUGAAGGUUGUGGCAGUGAACCAGCACUCGCAGUUCUAUGGCAUGAAAGCCGUGGUUCCUGGGAUGAAGGCGGCAGGUGGGGGCAGUAUUAUCAAUAUCUCGUCAAUUGCGGGACUAGUUGCUUCGGUUGGGGCCCCGAGUAUUGCCUAUGUUGGGAGCAAGUUUGCCAGUAGAGGUAUGACGAAGCAGAUUGCGGUGGAGUUUGGUCCCGACAAGAUCAGGGUGAACUCAAUACACCCUGGAUAUAUCAAAACGCCGAUGAUGGAGGCUGCAACGGAUCAGGAUGGUGGAGGCGUUGCGAGCGGGUUGGCCUUGAGAAGGAUGGCGGAGCCAGAUGAAGUGAGCAAGGUUGUGGUGUUCUUGGCUAGCGAUGAUGCCAGUUACGUGACAGGUGUUGAACAUCCUGUUGAUGGAGGGUUUACUGCAGUUUGAGCGCAUGCCAUAUCUAAGGAGAGGAAGCCUUCGCUGGGCGUAUACGAAUUUGUUGAACGGUCUGGAUUUGAAAAGGAUUGUAGUCAAAGGAGAAAGGCCUUGGGAG